AUGAAUUUUGAAAAUAUAUUACAACUUACCAAUUCAGAGGUUGAUGUAUUGCAAAAUGAGCUGAAUUUGAUUAAGGAAAUGGACAGUAAUUUUCAUAGAAGUGAAAGCUUGAAGAACUCUGCUUCGCAGUCCGUCACGGAAGAUUUAGAGGCAGCAAGGAAAGAAUUAGAGGCUAUCAAAGCAGAAGGAGCGAAAGACAAGUUGGAAGUUGCCAGGGCAUCUGAGGAAAAGGCGAAAUCAAAAUUGGAGUAUGAUUAUUUAACUGGAUGUGCGGCCGGAGCUCGAGAGAUUGCUGACAAGAAAGUGUCAGCAGCUCAUGCAUGGGUAGAAGCAUUAAAGGCCAGUGAGAGAGAGACCAACAUAAAAACUGAACUAGUGGAGAGAGAAAUUGGAGAACUGAAGCUAAAAGAAGUAAAGAGGAUAGAAGAAUCGAAAAACAUGGCAGAAUCGACAACAGAGGAGCUACAGCAAGAGAGACACCAAAAAAACAAGAGCUUUCAGGAAAAAAGAACACGAGACCAUGAGUAUACCUCAACACCAGUAAGUCAACCAAAGUUCCGGAGAUCUCUCAACUCUCCUGCUACAAGACGUAUGAGCACUUCAAAUUCUUUAUCUGUGAAAAGGAGGAGAAAUGCAAUGCUCAAAGUUGCUAAAUAUUUUGCUAAUGAACACACUGAGAAUGACAAGGCAGACACUCACAAUUAA